GUGAGAGAGGGAUGGUUAUUCACCAGUUUCCAUUUCUCUCUAAUCUCAGCACUUCACACUGACACAUCCACUUUCUCUCAAGCAACCGUCGCUGUUGUUCUCUCCGAUCUACCUCUGUUGUUCCCGUCGUCGACGACCAAUUCUCAGGCAAAGAUUCUUAUUUCAAAGGUGACUGAGGAGAGAAAUUCUGCUAUUGACCAAAAGAAAAGGCUUCGGUCAGAACUGCCUUGGAAAUAGUUGAUUGUGUGCCAUGGCUUGAUCAAAUUUCUGAAAGUGUACAGUGCAUUGGUUUAAACUUUAACUUUCUCCAGUUCGUGCUUCUAUUUUGAGGGGGGCCCGACAACCCACUGCCCACUGAAGAGAAAUUAAAAAAGGAAGAUGAAAUAAACUCACACAGAAAUGGCAGCAAAGCAAAUGGAAGAGGUUCAGAAGAAAUUGGCAAUGCUAAAUUACCCAAGAGCAAAUGCCCCUGCCCAGUCCCUCCUAUUUGCGGGCAUGGAGCGGUAUGCCCUUUUGGAGUGGCUCUUCUUUCGGCUAUUAGGUGAUAAGUCACCCUUUUCUCAACAAAACUUACAUGGGGAUGUCCUUGAUCGUGAUGAGGAGACAGCUCGAAUUCAGUAUUUGGCAGAGAUUGCUAAGUUUCUGGGUAUUACAACAUCUGUAGAUACAGAAGCCAUUCAAGGACAUGGAAACUAUGAAGACCGCACUGAAAUGCUUCGGCUUAUUGUAGAUCUCGUGGAGGCAACCAUGUAUGCCGAUAAUCCAGAAUGGAGUGUUGACGAGCAGGUAGCCAAAGACAUCCAAUUGAUAGAUUCCAUUGCAGAAAAACAAGCUCAAAUAUUUUCUGAAGAAUGUAAAUUGUUUCCUGCAGAUGUUCAGAUUCAGUCCAUAUAUCCAUUGCCAGAUGUUUCUGAGCUGGAGUCAAAGCUUUCUGAACAAUCAAAAAUAUUGUUGAACCUUCAACAAAAAGUUGAUGACUUGGCGUCCAAGCAUGCUUACAAUCCGGAUGAGGAGUAUACUGAAGUGGAAUCCCAACUGCGGGCACAUUUGGAAUCUUUCUUAGAAACAGCUAGAACAUUCAAUUUGAUUUACACCAAGGAAAUUCGUCCAUGGACACACAUGAUGGAGGUUCCACAACUUCAUGGGUUUGGACCAGCUGCCAACCGUUUAUUGGAAGCCUACAAGAUGCUUUUGAAGUUUUUGGGUAACCUGCGGAAUCUUAGAGACUCACAUGCAGCUCUUGCUAUUGGAUCAUCUGAGACAUCCGAAGGGCCUUCUUCUGUCACAAGAAUAAUAUCUGAAUGUGAAUCUGCAUUGACAGUCUUAAAUCGCGAUCUUGGAAUUCUAUCUGCUUCCAUUGCUCGUGAACAGGGAGAGAAGAUGAGCAUUGGAUGAAACAAUAUGAGAAAUGAGAGAUUAAUCCUUAAUUCUUAUUUUUUGGGAUUUUGUGAUCUUGUUGUGCAUAGUAUUCAUAUUGUUGAAUGUGGUGAAGUCUGCAUAGUUGUAUUAUCUAGACUAAAAUUUAUAAAUUGCAGUUUCAUUUAUUGAAAAAACACUA